GGGCUCCACAUUGAAGAGACCCAGGAGAGCCUGGGAGUCACGCAAGACAGGUUGAAAUUGAUAUCAGUGACCAGAUCAAAACAUCACGUGCAUCAUGGAUCAGACCUCAAUUUUAGCAAAACCAUCAUGGCUCCGUACGCGCAAGAUGGUCUUUGGUCGUGGCUGGUUUGCGCUUCUGCAACUCUCUCAUGGCUGGCUGCUUUAGGCUUCGUGUUCAGUUUUGGAAUUUUCUUUCCAGUCUUCAUGGAUUAUUUUCAAGAAAGCAGAGAGAAAACGGCUUGGGUAGGUUCGCUGGCCAUCGCCAUAAUCUUUUUCGCUGGGCAUGCGUCGGGAGCUCUCAUCAGUAAAUUUGGCUGCCGUGUCACUGCUCUACUCGGGGCAUUUUUGUGCGCCCUCAGCCUCGGUGUCUCCUCACUGGCGAAAAACAUUCUCGUUUUAUAUUUCACCUAUAGUGUGCUGUAUGGCCUGGGCACUAGCUUUGUGUUCUCAUCAAGCAUCAACAUCAUUAGCAAGUACUUCAAAAAGAGGCGCUCAUUAGCCAUGGGGAUCUUGACGUGUGGGCAGGGGGCAGGAGUUUUGAUUAUGGCACCCGUUUUACAGAUGAUGGUUGACGCGUAUGGUUGGCGGACAACAUACCGAAUGAUGGCAGGCGUCGUCUUCCUGAUUUGUCUGACAGCAGUUACCUACAGUCCCAACGUAGAAGGUGAAGACACUGAAGAAACAUCGGCCGAGAAAGAGGACGAGAAGAGAGGAUGUUACAUUGAUGUGUCAGUGUGGAAAGAACCCAAAGUUUUAGUCCUCAUUGUGUCUUCAACUGUAAUUAUGUUUGGACACUAUACACCACAGAUUCAUUUGGUGCGAUAUUGUGAAGAUAUUGGUAUCACUGCUGACGCAGCCUCACGACUAUUUGUUUAUUAUGGGCUGGCAUCGUGUGCUGGGAGACUGGUAUCUGGUCGUCUGUGUGACUUCAAGAUGAUAAACACGUACUUCGUAUAUCAGAUUGCCGAGAUAGUUGCAGGAAUGUCAAUUCUAUUUGUAACCAUGGCAACAUCAUAUAUUCACAUGAUGGUAUUCAUUGUGAUUUUUGGAUUCUGCGACGGUGCUUACAUUACAACACUCAACAUUCUCGCCAUUACUUGCACCAGCCCUGAUAAAACAGCUCUUGCGCUUGCAUGGCAAAUGCAAAUGAGUUCGUUUACUACGGCCAGCGGUCCUCCUAUUGUAGGUCUGGUGGCAGACUCGAUGGAUUCGUAUACGCCAGCGUUUUACAUGGCUGGUGCAGCAGUGCUCGCUGGCGCCUUUAUUCCUUUUUUCCUUUUGUGCAGGAAGGAGAGGAGCGCUUCACGUGAUCUUUGGACCACGUCGGUUCAGACUGCUGAAUCUGCAGGUGUACCUGAUUGGAGGAAAUCUGUUGUUUACACGAUCGACAAAAAAACAUCGAUUCGUGAUGCUGACUAAGACCAAAUUACCUUUAAAUGGUUGUCACAUGUAAUUUCGUUGUAUUUUUGAUUUACUUAAUUUACAAUUAUAUUAGCUUUCUAAUGUGACAGGAAUUUUAAAAGAAGCGAUCGAGAUGAUUUGCAAUCAUGACUAGUCCACAAAACUAGAGUUGAUUACAGUUGAUGGGGGUGUUAAAUUGUUAGGAAAUUGGACUUGAAUUCUCCUUUUCUUCGUAAUGUGUGUUCGAAUUAUUAAGAGGAUCACAUUGAAUAUAUUCUUCCUCUGAGAUUGUGUGAUGUGUGAUUUUGCGUUGUGUGAUUGUGUGAUGUUAAAAUUCUUAUAGUCUGUACAUCAUCAUUUCUCGAUUCCUGGUGUUAGUUAAUGCGCCUUUAGAUAAUUAAGAUAGUUGUGUGAUGUUGAAAUUUGAUAGUCUGUAGCUCAUCAUUUCUCGAUUCAUAGUGUCAGUUACUGCGUCUUUAGAUAAUUAAUUAUUUGAAUUUUUGUUCCAUUAGUUGUAAUUCGUUUGCAUGAACUUGAGCGAAAUAUGCCAAACGCUAUGAGUAAUUCGCCAUCGUCAUAAUGACGAUGAUUUUUAAGCAAUUAUUUAUUAAAAAUUUAUUAAUAAUAGUAAUUGUAUCGGGAAGAGUCCAAUCCGUUCGAUAUCCAUACGAAUGACUGACAAAAUUUGGGAGAUCGAUUUGUUAAUCAUGUGUACAUGUUUACAGACAGAUUACGGCGAUACACUUUCUUGUUAUUAAUAAAUCAAAACUGACAAAACUUGAGUUGGAAAAUAUCCAAAAUUUGAACGUAGUCAGAUCGAAAUUAAAAAAAAUUCAAUGUUACUUUUUUUUUUUUUAAGAGACGAAUAAACUACUUAAGAGUGCACGUAGAUGACACCUUCAGUGGCAUGACGCGAAAGCUUUUCUAUCAAAUCAGCUACGAGGGUCCCAAGGGGGUAGUGGCACUUACUGCUAACGCUAAAACGUUGUAUCUUCACGAUUGACGUUUGCGCCCGCAUUUUGUUUUAUUACCUUAACAGUUCGCCAGUGUUCGU